AUGCCCAGAGGCUUCAGCUGCUUGGCAAGCCCUGAGGGGGAAGACGGCAGGUAUGAGACCCCCGUGGCUUCAGAGCUCCAGAGGCUAAUGUGGACAAAGAAAGGGACCAGCAGCCAUCUGGAUGAGGUUCAGCCCAGGAUCUAUAUUGGAGACAUGUAUGCAGCUAAAGACAAGAGGACACUCCAGGCUCACCACAUCAGCCAUGUACUUAACGCUGCUGAUGGGAAGUUCAACGUGAACACCGGCCCCAGCUUCUACAGAGACACCAAAAUCACUUAUCAUGGAGUGGAAGCUUUUGACAUGCCAUCCUUUAACUUGAGUCCCUUCUUUUACCCUGCGGCCAAUUUUAUCAAAAACGCUUUAAGCUCGCCCACAGGUAAAGUGUUUGUCCACUGUGCGAUGGGUCUCAGCCGCUCGUCCACCUUGGUUCUGGCCUACCUGAUAAUCCAUGAGAACAUGACGCUGGUGGACGCCAUCAAAGCUGUCAGCGCCAACAGGAACAUCUCACCUAACAAUGGUUUCCUGGAGCAGCUCCGAGAGCUGGACAAACAGCUUCACUACCAGGGAUCAUCGAGGAGCUGCAGUGCCAAUGGGCGGACCUAAGAUA